CAAGACCAAGUGACGAGACCAGCCAUGGACUGCAAGGUGUUUUGUUUAUUUGCCAUUGCCCUCAUUGUUGGGUCCUUCAGCACCGCACAUGGACAGGCUGCACUAACUGACGAGCAAUGUAACGUACAACCAGUCGCAAGAGUAAAUUGUGGUGAACCCGGUAUCACACCCUCCGAAUGCUUCAACAAGGGAUGCUGCUUUGAUCCCACCCCAGAUGCCAUCUGGUGCUUCUACGCUCGCCCAGAUGAUGAAUGCAUCUUGUAAUUGGAUUCUGAUGAACAACCCGGUCACUGCCAGUGGAAGACACAAUCAUCAUCAUGUUUAAUAUCUGCAUAGAUGUAAAAAUCUGAGAACUUUCUCUGCCUUGAUCAGAUUUUAUCUCGUAAAA